GCAAGGGGUGUAAUUUUUCCUCCUCUUGUCUUCCAGGUAUAGAGCUAUUGUUAAAUACAAAACUGCCUUUUACUCAUUUUACCUCCCAGUGGCAGCUGCAAUGUACAUGGCUGGAAUCAAGAGUGAAGAGGAACACAAUAACGCAAAACACAUCUUGCUUGAGAUGGGAGAGUUCUUUCAAAUUCAGGAUGACUAUCUGGACUGUUAUGGAGACCCCGCUGUGACAGGAAAGAUCGGUACAGACAUCCAGGAUAACAAAUGUAGCUGGCUGGUUGUGAAAGCUCUGGAAGUUAUGAACCCUGAACAGAGAGCAGAGCUGGAGACAUGUUACGGACGUCAUGAUGAUGCAAGUGUUCAAAAGGUCAAAGCGCUCUACGACACACUGGAGAUGCCAACACUGUACAACAAAUAUGAAGAUCAGAGCUACCAGCGGCUACAGGAACUAAUCGCAUGUCACGCUCAAAAUCUCCCUCACUCUGUCUUCCUCAACUUCGCCAAGAAGAUCUACAAAAGGAACAAGUGAGAGGGAAUGGAUCCAUUAACACUGUAAGGUGCAUGAGCCAGGUUAUCAUGCAACUCCAAUUAUGGCAUAAAGCGUGACUCCUUUCCUUUUCCAGAGAAACAGGCUCUGAGGCCCACGAGCAUGAGCUGAAGAGGACUGUGAUGUGUAAAAAUCUGCUGGAGGUUUAUGAACUGCAUAAAUUUUGUAGAUAUUUGGUUGUAAAUUACUUAAAGCUGCCCCUUUCUUUUGCCUCAUUUUGUUGCUUUAUUUAAGAAUAACAUUGCAAUGAAUCAUGGACAGGCUAAGCUUUCAAUUGCAGGAUUAAGGUAUAUGUCAAAUAAGGUUAGAUGGCCAGAGUAGUUUUGAAUAUGUAGAAAAAGCGAUCAUUGAUUAGGUGUUCAGAUGAAAACUGAAUUCAUGACAGUUUGUAUCCUGACCAAGAAAAAGGGUCAAAACUGAUCCGCUCUAUAGUUUUAUAUAUUUUUACAUGGCUGCUGUAAAGUCUGUACUGGCUUGGAUGUUAUGUUUUUAAUAAAUAAUAUAUAGACAGUA